GCCGCCGAUCUUGUCCGUACGAAGCGCGGCCAGCGUCGUAUCCGCAGCAGGCUUCUGGACAAGAUUCAGACGACUGGUCACUACAUACCAGCGCUGGAGAGCUCUGCGCUACUGGAUCACCUCCUGCAAGGCGAUCGCAUCUCGGCAAAUAGUCCCCUCUGCUCAUGCAUAAGCCGACUCGGCGGACACGUUGGUGACAUAAACCCUUUCUGUUCCAACAAGAUCGCGAUUCAGUGAUCGGCGCACCUUCUUUUCGCGUUAUAUAUGAGUCUUGGUGAAGACAUGUGGAAUGCAACGCGAAGUGUGCACUCGACCCGGAGUCGAUUGGCAUUGCAGCAGUGGUGCCUUGCAUCCUUUGGACUACAUCGCUCUCCUUGGCUAUGUUCAUUUGCUGGCGAAGCAGGGCAACACCAGCGUCUCAAUUCUUUCUGGUGGACUGUCCACUGGCCAAGUACGAGGCAGUAAUGACAUUUCGCUACGAUCCACCACAAAGCCACGCCAUCAUUCGCGCUUAAAAUGUCCUGCAGCAGCCGCCGUCUCCUACUCAGUCUCAUCUCAUCCAGAGGAAACCCUACUUUCGAGUCGCAUUGAGCACAAGUCAGGCACUGCCUCUGCCACAACAUGUACGCGGCCAGCUCUCUUGCGGCCUCGACCGGCAUCUUGCUCUGUCCACGUGAUUCGAGAGCACUCCCGCUUUCACUGGAUCCGAAGGGCGGCGCACUACAGCGUGGGUCUGCUGUGUCACUGCUACAAGCGCUUCUGGAUGGAGAGACCAGGGCAUUUGGGUGCUUUGAUCAGCGUCCGCCUCUCGGCGAGCCUAGGUCCCUUUCGCUCAGCCAGCAGCUCUUGUCUGCGCUAAUUUGAGCAUGCCAACGCAGCGAAGGUGCGUCCUCAAGGCAUUAUGCAGAGGCCCGGAGAAGGCACGUCGGAGGCCUUUCCUGUAUGCUCUCGAGACUUUGCUCGUCUGAUUUCAGGCCACUCCCACACCCCGUCGGACUCAGCGUACCUGGCAAACCCACCCGCCGCUUGGUGCAGGUGGUCGUCUCACUUACGAAAGCGCAUGACGGACCGUGCUCUACUUAUCGGACCUGACGGAUCUGCUCUCGGAGUCUUCGACCCAC